AGUUGAAAAACAAAAAUAUAAAACAAAACAAACACGUACAACUGUGAUACAAAAUAUUUAAAAAAAAAGUAAAAUACAAAUUAUACAAUUUUUGCAUAAUACGCAACAAUUGGAUUUUAAGGAAGCAACAAAAAAAACAACAACUUUAAGCCGUAUUUAAAACAGCUUUAAAUCAAUACAAAAAAAUAUCUAUAUAUAUUUUUUUAGUUUAACAUAUAAAAAACUUGUUUUUUUUAAAAAUCAAAAAAAACAAAAAAUGUCCGUCAAUCGUGCACCAAAGUCUGGCUUUGCAGCUGAAGCUCAACGCAAGAUCAAUUCCAAAUACAGCGAAGAAUUAGCUCAAGAAUGCUUGGAAUGGAUCAAAGUUGUUACAGAUGAGCCCAUUAACACCUCCGGUGACAUGGACAAUUUCUUUGAAGUUUUGAAAGAUGGUGUUUUACUUUGCAAAUUGACCAACUGCUUGCAGCCCGGUUCUAUCAAGAAAAUCAAUGAAAGUAAAAUGGCAUUCAAAUGCAUGGAAAACAUUUCAGCUUUCUUGGAAUGUGCCAAAAACUUUGGUGUACCCACACAAGAAACUUUCCAAAGUGUUGAUUUGUGGGAAAGACAAAACUUGAACUCUGUAGUCAUUUGCAUUCAAUCUUUGGGCAGAAAGGCCCACAACUUUGGCAAACCCUCAAUUGGCCCCAAGGAAGCUGACAAGAAUGUCCGCAACUUCUCCGAGGAACAAUUGCGUGCCGGUCAAAAUGUCAUUUCCCUUCAGUAUGGCUCCAACAAGGGUGCCAAUCAAUCUGGCAUUAACUUUGGCAACACCAGACACAUGUAAAUCUGUUCUUACCACAACACACUUACUUCUUCAUCUGUACAAUCAAAUUUUAUAUAUUUUUAUUUAAAUCCCAAAAAAAACAGCUUGGUUCUGUUUUGUUAACUGGUUAGACAUUCCAUAAGUUCUGCAUUCCUUUAUUAAUUUUUUUUUAAUUAAUAUUUAAUGUAUCAAUUACAAAGAAAUACCAACAACAAAUGUAUAAGUUAUAAAAGUGUAUUUUUUAAAUUAAUUAACUACUCAAAUUAUAAUUUUUUCUUUUCUUUUUGUCUUUUUUUAUAAUUUAAGUUCAUACAUAAACUAUAUUUACUUAUAUAAAUGUUGACACUUUUUAUACAUUA